CUUUUGUAUACACAGGGCUUUGCAGUAGGGUUUUGGUCUGCGUCGUUGCCCCCUCAUACGAGCUCCGUACAGAUUCGUUGUAGAAGAUGAGGAAAUUGAAGUAUCAUGAGAAGAAAUUAUUGAAGAAAGUUAAUUUUCUGGAAUGGAAGAGAGAAGGCGGCCAGCGGGAAAACCUCAUCAUCCAUCGCUAUCACGUCACCGAACGAGACGAUUACAAAAAGUACUCGAGUUUGUGUAGAACGGUGCAGAAGCUGGUGAACAUACUAAAGCAGAUGGAUCCGAGAGAUCCUUUUCGAAUUGAGAUGACAGACGGCUUGCUUGAAAAGCUGUACAACAUGGGAGUGAUUCCAUCUCGUAAAAGCUUGUCUUUGUGUGAGCAUUUGUCUGUAUCAUCUUUCUGCAGACGUAGGCUUGCAACAGUCCUUGUGCGGUUGAAGUUUGCAGAACACUUGAAAGAAGCAGUUACUUAUGUUGAGCAAGGGCAUAUUCGUGUUGGACCAGAUACUGUUACUGAUCCUGCAUUUCUGGUAACAAGGAAUAUGGAAGACUUUAUUACUUGGGUUGACACGUCAAAGAUAAAGAGGAAGGUCUUGGAAUAUAAUGAGAAGUUAGAUGACUAUGAUGCAAUGAAUUAAUGGAAGCAUACUCUCUUGUAACAAUUUUGUAGGCACAUGUUUUUGUGUCACAAGCAGGAUCUUGUGCUGUGAUCCUGAAGACAUUUACAUCACUCUUUGCUCGACUCUUUUUCAAAUUUAAUUUACUAUAUUUUAUAAUGCUAAUAUUGUGAUGCCAAUAUCUUUCUUUGUGCUGAAUAUAAACCUGUUUACCAUCAAUUUCAACUUG